UUAAGCGAGAGAUUUCCAGAUCCAGGUCAUCUAGGCUCUGGGUAUUUUAUGCUUUAUUUUGCUCUCGCAUUGACACAGCACGAGUUUACGUAAGGAGCUCCAACAUGUCGUUCCAGACAACUGUCUACAAUCUUUUCUUCAAACGCACGUCAACAUUUGUGGUCACUGCCAUAGCCGCGACAUUUAUUUUCGAACGUGCGGUCACUGUUGGGGCUGAAGCACUUUUCCAGAGUCAUAAUAAAGGCAAAUUGUGGAGGGACAUCAAGCAUAAGUACGAAAAGUAAACAAGAAAAAACUAGAAAAAUGUUUCAAAUUCUUAGAUCAUUUAAAUAAAAACUUAUCAAUAUUUAAAAUGUCAACGUUUAAAUCUGCACUCAUUACUGUAAAUAAAUAAAUAAAUAAUCAAUGUGCA